AAGAUUCGGUUAAUCACAUUGGAUCAUUUGUGGGGUGAAGUAUCAAACUACACCUUUUGGUUUUUCCCCAAACACACAAAUCAAUUUGAAACACAAACCCUAAUCAAAUCCCCGUAACAAGAAUGCCAUAUAGUGUAACUUGCUUUCACGUAACCGAUAAAUACCAACCAAUAGCUCUCCACCUUUCAAAUUCUUCAUCCAUUCGUUCAAAUUUCUCACAACUCAUCGCCGGUUAAAUUAUCCACAUCCUCUUGUAGAUAUGAAGACCACCUCUGAUUCCUUACGCUGCAGGACCACCACCACCACAGGGAGAAUCUCCGGCAAUGCUUCGCCGGCGUGUUUCAGUCGAUCGCAAUCGUUUAGUCGCGAUAUCGGACAUGCUGCUAGUGAAACUUAUUUGAUGUCUCGUCUUGCCUUUACUCUCCUCCGAUAUCUAGGGUUAGGCCGCCGGUGGAUGCUGAGGCUUCUUGCCCUACUACUUUAUGCAAUGCUUUUGAUGCCCGGCUUCCUCAGAGUCGUAUAUCAAUUUUGUGUUUCAAGCCAAGUCCGUAGAAGUAUAAUUUAUGGUGAUCAGCCUAGAAAUAGGUUGGAUCUGUACUUACCGAAUAACAUAGAUAGUCCAAAACCAGUAGUCAUCUUUGUGACCGGUGGAGCAUGGAUCAUAGGGUAUAAAGCAUGGGGUGCCCUUUUAGGCCUUCAAUUAGCACAAAGAGAUAUCAUUGUAGCAUCCAUUGAUUACAGGAACUUUCCUCAGGGUACAAUCAGCGAUAUGGUUGAAGAUGUUUCUCAAGGAAUAUCUUUUGUUUGCAAAAAUAUAUCGGAAUACGGUGGUGAUCCAAAUAGGAUUUAUCUAAUGGGACAGUCAGCUGGUGCACAUAUUUCUUCUUGUGCACUCUUUCAGCAGGCAAUCAAGGAAUUUAAAGGGGAUAGCAUAUCAUGGAGUAUUUCCCAGAUUAAAGCGUAUUUUGGUUUAUCCGGAGUGUACCAUCUACCCAAUCUAAUUGAACAUUUUGAACGACGAGGUCUCCACCGCUCUAUAUUUCUAAGUAUAAUGGAAGGUGAAGAAUCUUUGAAACAAUUUUCCCCUGAAAUGUUUGUUGAGGAUCCCAGUGUUAAAAACGCUUUUUCUAUCCUGCCCCGUAUUAUCCUUUUUCAUGGUACGGAAGAUUUCACAAUACCACCACAUGCAAGUAUAACUUUUGUGGAGACUCUCAAGAGAAUUGGUGUGCCAGCUGAUCUAAUACUAUACAAAGGAAAAACCCAUACAGAUUUAUUUGUUCAAGAUCCUCUAAGAGGUGGUAAAGACGAGCUAUUUGACUAUAUAGUCGAUUACAUACAUGCUGGUGAUGUUGAUGCGCUUGCUAAGGUUGCUAUGGCGCCUCCAAGAAAACGACUUUGUCCAGAACUCUUGUUGAAGUUAGCUGGCAUAGUGAGCCCCUUUUAAGCCAACCCAGUUUGUAGAUUUAACACGGAAGCUGCUGCAAUCGGGCCCCAGCGAAUUUUAGUUCAAUCUGCUGAAGUGAAAACGCGCUAUUUGAUAUUAUAGUGGAUUUGAAGUUUGGAAUGCUGUAUAUACAUUGAAAUCAUUGUUUCGUAAAUUAAAAUCUUGGGUGCUUUACUUCAUUAUAAACCGGUUUUAUAUUAUACGCACCUUCAAUCAAA